GAGCGUAAUGUUGCGUGAGAAUGCGCGCGCAGGAGAGGUGGUGUUGCGCAGCUGCGCUGAGGAGUUCUAAGUGCUAGUAGAAAACAGCAGCUAAAUGGCUUUAGAAGAACUGGAAGGAGUAAUUGAGCGAUGUCGAGGCCUACCCGAAACAGAGUUUAAAGAAGAAGAUCACGGUAUAUUUCAAGCAGCAGCCUGUCAAUGCCUGGAAGAAGGGCAUGCAGCUAAACUUUUGGAAAUUCUACAAGAUGAAAAAAACAAGGACUUUGUUAUCUGCAUGGGCUGGAAUUUUAUUGGCCCUAUUGUCAGUUGUGCUUUGAAAGACAAACAAGUAACUGAGUACAGGGACAACUGCUUAAAAAUACUAGACCAUGUAGUACAGAUAAGCAACCCAAAGGAACUCCUGGUGGGUUUACUUGAACAGAUUGAGGAAGCUUUUGGAAAUAACAUAUCUAAAACGAUCUUAUUGCUCCUGCAGCCACUUCAGACAGUGCUUAUAAAAAUGAAACAUAAAAAAGCAUAUUCUGUCGGACUGUCUCUUGCAACCAUUCAAAGCCAACUCUCCCAACUACCUGUACCUUAUACUAAUGAGCAACGUAAGCAGGAUGAAUAUGAGCUUUGCAAGUGUUGUAUGGCUGUUAUCUCUUUUAUUAAACCUUUUGUGGAUGAAGUGAAUCAAGCAACAAAAUCUAAGAGAAACCCUUCCUGUAAUGAGCUAAAGGAGGAACUUCUGAAAUUUUGCAUGAAAAGUUUGGAAUACCCACUGCUGACAGCACAGUUACAUCCAUUAACUGGAGAGAUUGAGGACAAUUCAUUAAGAACUUUUGCUACUGAAAUUCUGGUUUACCUGUUAGCAAUGGGCGAGACGCUUCCUGUGUUGAUGGUUCAUCAGUUGCUACAGUCCAGAAAGACAUUGCGAGAGACUAACCCUCUGAAAGAAGAUGUAAAAUACCCCACAAAUUCACUGGCAAGCUUGGCAUAUCUCUUAUUUGUUCAGCAUAUCGGCAUUGACCAAUUUCCAGCUGUUUACAGCCCUGGAUACUUCCUUCUAUUUAACAUGGAAUACAUUGCUGCACUAAUAAGUAGGACUGAAGAGUCUGUUUUGUCCAAAGGAUUGGAAUUGUUUGAACAUUGUUUAUUAAUGAUUGAAGAUAAUAAUCUUUCUCACAAGUAUUUGGAAAUGAAGAAUAUUCUGAGUGUUCCUCAGGAUUUAGUGAAGGUGAUGACACUUUGUCCCAUUGAGCAUUUGCGGAAAACGAGUCUAAAGAUAUUUCAGCAGUACACAGACAAAUUUGAUUCAGAAGGAAAAUACAAAUUAUUUAGAUGCCUGUUAAAAACUAGCCAACAUGCUGGGGUACAAGGUUACAUUAUACAAAAUCUUAAAAAUCAGGUUGAUCUAGCAUUGAAGCCUGGCAAUAAAAAUGUGUGGUUCUCAGGCCCACAAUUGAUGCCUCUUCUUCAUUCAGUCCUUUCACUCCCUGAAGGAGCAGAAACAGACUUGCUUCAAAACUCAGAUAGGGUCAUGGCAUCACUGAAUCUUCUAAGGUACCUUGUGAUCAGGGAUAAUGAGUGGGAAAAUCAAACUGGAUUAUGGACUGAUCUUUUUUGGAUUGAAAGCUUCCUGAAGCCACUGCGCACUGGUUUGAAUAUGUCUAGGGCUCAUUAUGAAGCAGAAAUGAGGGCCAAAAGAGAGAACCAGAAAAUCAAAGAUGCCCCUAAUCGUGAAACACAGUGUUCCUUGACGGUUGGCGGUAAAAAGCUCCCAAAAAUGACCACGGCUAUGGAGUUGGAGGUUCUGCAGUCGGCUAUCUACACAUUUGACGUAAUGGAAAGUGUACAGGCACGAAUAGAAGAACUGAUUGAGCCAAAGAUGAAAUCCAGGGCGGGGGAUAAAAACGUGGCCAGUGAAGCUUCAUAGAUUUCCUCAGGAAAAGUGUGAAAAUUCUGUAAAUAUAACUUUUGACCUUGUAGUCUACACUACUAUAUUUACUACAGAGAUUCACUUUGUAUGCUAUUGUUCAAAUCAGCCUUUUUACAGGAUAAUUUCAAAUAUUUUCAUGAGGCACCCAUUGUACUGAAAUUCUGUAAUGAGAUUACCCAAAAGAGGUGAUAUUGUAUAGAUUUACUUAAAUUUUACCACGAAUUUCAGUUUGUGUGCUACUGCUUAAGUUUCAAAUGAUAACAGCAUAUACUCUGCAGGGAGUUGAGAAUCAGUGGCAACACAAUAAUCGUCAACAAGAGUCACACCAAACUUCUUAAAAAUCCCAUUUGAUAGAUAUGUGGUGUGGUGCUACCCUAACAAAUUGGUAGAGACAGGAGAGCAAAAUAUCUUUCCAAUUAUUGUUGAAUUUACUAAGAAAACGUAUUGGCCCAGACUGUGGUCAGCGGCAAGGUGACAGAGCUUGAGGAAAGCUGCCCACAUCGAUCUAGCACUCUGUGAUGUGAAUUGCCCCUUCCCAGCGUCAGGAUAUUUAUAGUGAUACUAAUAAUGUAAAAGGGUGAGUUUAUUUCUGUGUUUAACUGCAUUUGUGUGCACUCUAGAAGUUGCUGUCAGAGGAGUAAUGAUAGCAAACACUGACAGUUUCCUUUCCAUUCCUACUGCAAAAUCCAGGCUGUUAUGUAUCCUAUAAUUAAAAUAAAACUCAAUUAUUCUGGUAA